ACACGAACAAAUUCCCUCACUUUAUUAUCUUAAAAAUUAGUGAAAAAAUCAGUAGCUGCUCUGAGCAAUGGCCACAGUGGGAAGGAACGUGGCAGCUCCUCUGCUGUUUCUUAACCUGAUCAUGUACUUCAUAGUUCUAGGUUUUUCUAGCUGGUGUCUGAACAGGUUUAUCAAUGGCCAAACUUACCACCCUAGUUUCGGAGGAAACGGUGCAACCAUGUUUUUCUUAACCUUCUCUAUACUAGCAGCGAUUCUGGGCAUAGUGUCGAAGUUUUUGGGUGGCAAUCACAUGAGGACAUGGAGGAGUGACAGUUUAGCAUCUGCAGGAGCAGCAUCAGUGGUUGCUUGGGGUGUGACUGCUCUAGCAUUCGGGUUGGCUUGCAAGGAAAUAAACAUCGGAGGGCACAGAGGGUGGAGGUUGAAGAUGGUGGAGGCGUUCAUAAUCAUACUCACAUUCACACAGUUGUUGUACGUGUUGCUGAUACACGCGGGGUUAUAUAGCAGCAGAUAUGGUCCCGGCUACCGUGACAAUGACUAUCCUAUGGGAGCCACUACAGGAGAUGCAAUGCACAAGCCUGCGCCUGUUUCUGCUACUGGAACUCGUGUCUAAACUCCACUUCUUCUCCUCCAUCGUCUUCUACUUUAUCUUUCUGCCUUUUCUUUUCCCUUUUUCUUUCCAUGCA